AAGAUCUACAUCAUGGCCACCCACGGCCUCUUGUCUGCAGACGCCCCGCGCCUCAUCGAGGAGUCCGCCAUAGACGAAGUGGUGGUGACCAACACUGUCCCUCAUGAAGUGCAAAAGCUGCAGUGUCCUAAGAUCAAGACAGUGGAUGUCAGUAUGAUCCUGGCCGAGGCUAUCCGACGCAUUCACAACGGGGAGUCCAUGGCCUACCUGUUCCGCAAUAUCACAGUAGACGACUAGCCAACAAACAGAUGGUGAGGUGUAGAGUUUAGGGAAAUAUUUCCCCUCUUACACAAUUGAGAGGUGUGCCAAUGCAGUUCCCCAUUCCCAGCCGAACAAACACUGCAAUUACCUUCAUUUCCCAAAUAAACCUAUUUUACUCUGCAAAACAAUUAAAGUAAACUUCCAUUGCCAAAUUAUAUAGUUGAAGUCAAAAAUAAAAGAUUUACUCAAACAUUUGCCAGUGUGCAGAUAUGAACAUAGAUAUGAAAUCAUGCAAAGAGCAUAAUUUAUGCAAGUGUUCACUUACCUUUUCACUU